AUGAAUUUUGAAAAAUGUGUUCAGUUUUUAAAAGAAAAUUUCGAAAAUAUUGAAAUACAGAAAAUCGAAGAAGAAGUAAAUUUGUACUUAAUUAAAAAAUUUGAAACAUGUGAAAAUUUGAAUGAAUUAAAUUACGAAAUUGAUGAUAAUUCAUUAAUUGAAUUAAUGGAAAUUUUAUCCAAGUUUGGAAAUAAAAAAGGAAAUUUAUCGAACUUUUCUACAAAAAGAGAAAACAAAGAAAAAAGUUUUAAUGAAUAUUUAUUAAAUAGUUUUGAUAAUAUCAAAAAUGAAGAGGAUUCUUCUGCUGAAUAUGGUAAAUUUCUGAAUGAAGAAGAACAAUUCUGCAUUGAUAAUCAAAGUAUUCUAUUAAAAGAUAAUUGUUAUGACAGUACUACUGAAAAUAACAAUGAGCAAAAUAUAGAAAUAUCUCAUAAUAUAAAUGAAAAAAUAAAUUAUAAAAAUAUAAAAAAAAUAGAUAAUAAUAAUAAUAGUGUUAUAAAGGAAAAUAAUUAUGAAAAUAUGAUGGAUAUAAUGUUUAGUGAUAGUAUAAAUAUGCAAAAAAAAGAUAAAAGUAAUAAUUCUGAGGAAGAGGAGAAAAAUCAAUUUAUUAAGAAUAAAGAAAAUGGCAAUAUAAAUAAGUCAUUGCGAAAAGAAGCAGCAGAAAAAAAAAAUACAACAAUACUAGAAAUACUUUUUAGCAAAUCAUUAUUAGACAACGAGAAUAUAAAACAAAAUAUUUAUGCAAAAAAAUUUUAUAUUAUAAAUGAAGAUAUGUUUAUCAACAUUAUUCUUAUAUUAGAUAGAAUUAUAUUACAACUAAUUGUAUAUUAUAAGGAAAAAAAAAUAGAGAUAGAAGAACAGAAUUCUCAUUUUGAAAGAUUUUUUAAUAUAUUAUAUAUACUGUUAAGUAAUAUAAGCUUUUAUUCUAACGAAGAAAAAUAUAGAACUAUUAAAUUGAGUAACAGUAAAGUUAAAAAUUAUUUUUUGAUUAAUUCUGAUAUUUUUAAUUUAGUUAAAUUAUUGUUUGAAAUUUUGAAUUUCAACACAAGCUAUAGUAAUAAUUUAAAUAAAGAAGAUUUUCAAAAGUUAGAUGUAGAAAUUAUUAAUCCAGAAUCUUGUAAUUUAAUAUGGAAAUUUGAAAAAACAUUUACUGAUAAAGAUUCUAUUUUGUUUGAAUUUGUUUUGUCAUCAAUUAAAAUAAUUAUGAGUAUAAUAAAUAAAAUUGCAUCCAAAAAAUGGAUUACUAUUGAAGAAGGUGAGUCAAUUAAUAAAAUGCAUAUGAUAAGUAAAAAUGAAAAUGAUCGCAGGUUAUUCCUAGAACAAAAGAAAGAGUUAGAAAAAAUAUCUAAUAGAAGUACCCCAAUUAAUAAUAAAAUACUUCAGAUUCAUCAAAAAAAUAAAGAAGAACAACAAGCAAUAAAUGAUAUUCGAAAAUUACAUAACGAAAGAUAUAAAGAACAUAAAGUUUAUGGAAGUAAUGAAAAAUCUGAUAAAAAUAAAAAUUCAUGGAAUAAAAAAAUUUGGGAAUCCAAAGAAAAUAAUAAAUUCUCAAAAGAUAAUUUAUUUUUAAAUGAAGAGUUAGAUGAAAAAAAAAAAUUGAAAAGUAAAAAAAAAAUAAAAAAUUUUUUAAAAAAAUUAUUUAAAAAAAACUAA